AUGAACUUGUCUUAUGAAAACCUUUUGAAUCUCCUUUCCAUUGCUAAUGGUUCCGAGAGAUCAUCGGAGCAACAGCAGGCGGAAAUUCAACUCAAGGCGUGGGAGGUUGAGAGUGGAUACCACUACCUCUUGCAGGAGAUCUACUUGAAGGAAGAGCUACCGCUCCAGAUCCGAUGGCUUGCUGUUAUUUGCUUCAAGAAUGGGAUUGAUAAGUACUGGAGAUCGUCUCGUGCCAAUGCCAUCAGCAAAGAAGAAAAAGUGCAGAUCAAGUCGAGGUUGUUCCUUAUGGUUGGUGAGAAGAACAACCAGUUGGCUAUCCAGAAUGCACAUUCAAUUGCAAGAAUUGCCAGGUUUGAUUUCCCUCAGGAUUGGCCCACGAUAUUCGACUCCAUUUCACAGAUGCUAGAAGAGAGCGUGUUCACCAAGAACGACUUGGUAGCUACGAACAACUUGCUCAUCAUUUUGAACCAGAUCAUCAAGACCGUGUCUAUAGUUCGUGUGGGUAGAGCUCGUCAUGCAUUGCAGCUGAAGGCUCCCGUCAUUGCACCAGUUUUGAUCAAAUUGUAUGUCAAAUUCUUCCAGCAGUGGACCACCGUAGCCUUUGAUUUGGGAACAAUGCAGAUAUGUUACAUGUGUUUGAAGAAUUUGCGUAGAUUGAUCCCCGAGGGCUACGAAACUCCUCAUAAACUGCCUGAGAUCAUUGAGUUUUUAACGCUAACCAAGCAGCAUUUGCAAGAAUUGAUAAUCGAACAUGAAAAAUACGCCUCAUCCGAUAUGUUAGAAAGGUAUGUUAGGUGCUACUGUAAACUAUACGUCAAUUUGAUCAACUCAAACCCAACAAGCUUCAUCUUAUUACCGAAUUCACAGGAUAUCCUAUCCACAUUUAUGUCUUUAUUGGACCAAAGAGCCAAGGAAAUAUAUAAUGCUGAAGGUGGAGGAGAUCUGAAUUCUUUCUGGGAGACUUUAGCAUUGAAGGGGUUUCUUAUAUUGAAGAGGGUUAUCGGAUACAUUUACAAAAGAGGUGCAGUGAUGUUGAGGGCUAGAAACGACAAAGAAGAAAUUCAGCAAGCGAUAAGUAAAUUAACAACUAACUUCUUUACCAAGGAUGUUAUUCAACAUUUAUGUGACCUAAUUAUUAAUUGGUACCUUAGAUUAAGACCAUCGGACUUGGAGAGUUGGCUGAUUGAGCCUGAAGAAUGGUGCAAUGAAGAAAUAUCUUCUUCACUGUGGGAAUUUCAAAUCAGACCUUGCGCAGAGAACUUCUUCCAAGAUCUAAUUUCAUUCUUCAAUCAUGAGUUAUCUGACUUUGUCAUAUCUAAGAUCCAGCAGGGACUAGCUGAUAGUAAUGAUAUGUUGACAAAAGAUGCAAUCUUGUGUACUUUCCAAUUGUCAUCCAUUUCUAUUGCAAAUAGAGUUGAUUUCAACAAAAUUUUGAACGAUAUUCUCAUUCCUGAAGGACUUAAAAAUGAUGUUUCAGAGAAUCGUAUUAUCAAAAGAAGAAUUUGUCUUAUUAUUAAUGAAUGGGUAUCAGUUGAUUGCCUGAAGGAAAGUAAGGUUUCUAUAUUCAGACUUUUAGUGAAUUUCUUACAACCUGACAACAAAUUAAAUGACUCGGUUGUUAAAUUAACAGCUAUUCAGUGUUUAAAAAAUGUCCUUGAUGACUAUGAUUUUAACAAGUACGAUUUCCAACCAUUUUUGAAUGAAUUCAUUAACUUGAGUGUCAGAUUCUUGAAGGAAGUCGAAUAUACUGAGUCCAAGUUGUUUAUUUUCAACGUCUUGGCAUUGCUAAUUUAUAGAUGCAACCCGUUGGUUGACCAUCAAACAUUGAUCGAUAUCUUGUCUGUUGUUCCCAGCUAUUGGGAAUCGGUUCAAAAUGAACACGAAACAAUUUUAAAGAACUCAUUGUUGAGGGUCUUGAAAAAUUUAGUUGUGUCUUUGAAUGCUAAUUCCAAUGAAACUUACAAAAUAUCAAUUCCAUUGGUGGAAAGCUGCUGUGACGGGCAACAAUCGAGCGAUAACUACUCCCUAUUGAGUGAAGAUGGCUAUGAAUUAUGGUUAUCAAUGUUGCAAUAUGCUCCGUUUGAAAACCCCAAUACAAAUGAGCUUUUAAAUUUAUUUCCAUUGAUUCCAUAUGGAUUAGUUAACUCCACAGAGAUAUUGCCCAUCAUCCUUUCUCUAGUUAGAAGUUAUGCAUUGAUUUCUCCUUCCUUGUUUGAUAUCAAAUCCGAAAUCACAGUCGAAAUAUUUGCACAAUUGACAAAGUACUUGCCCACUAUGAGGGAUGAUUCUUUUGUCGUUUUUGUAUCAAUGAUGGAUAUUUUGCUACUUGAAAAGUCCUCUGACGAAGGCUUCAUACAACUACUUGUAACUAGUGGUCUAUUCCAGGCAAUGGUUAACUACAUCUUAAAUGAAGAUGAGCGUGGUAGCCAUGAUAUUAUCAGUUCCAACAAGAUUUUCUUGAUCUUAUCUAGAUUGAAUCCAUCAAGCUUGUUAUACCUUUUGACUAAUUUGUCCGUGAAUUACGAUAACCUUUUCAAUGUAUGGAUGGAGUAUUUCAAUAAUAAUGGAAACCCCAGAAACAAAAAGAUAAACCUCUUGAGCUUGAUAUCGUUGUGUGAGAAGGUUAUUGCAAGUGGCGGCAACGAGAUUCCUGUUUUAGUUGCGAAGUUUCCUGAAAUUGUGAAGAAGACAUUACUUUUUCUCGAAGAAGUCAAUGAAACAGAUGAUGGGAAUUGCAACGUCUACUCUCAAGAUCUAGUAUAUGAAGAUAUUGAUGAUUAUCGUUAUUUGGACCAAGACAUUGAGCCCCACGGAGAGAAGAAGAGGUAUCAGAGACUACUUGAAUCAAGAGAUCCAGUGUAUAGCACAAACUUACGUGAAUAUUUGAGCAAAACAUUCAAAGACUUGAAGGGCAAGCUAAAUGGAAACGACUUCAAUAUGCUAGUUUCAAUGAACGAUGAGUACACGAUAGAAAAACUUCAGCAAUUGAUAAAUUGA